AUGAAUUCACGUGUGAAUUCGUAUAAAUUUGCUUUUUCUGGCUGCGCAUACGACAUCAUCGCAUUGACCGAGACUUGGCUCAACGACAGGACCACGUCCCAUCAAUUAUUCGGCCCCGAUUACGAGGUCCUUCGAUGCGAUCGCGGCCCACUUAACAGUCGUAAAGCAACUGGUGGUGGAGUUUUGUUGGCUGUACGUCGUGGGUUUACAGUUUUAAAACGUCAAAACCAAUCGUGGAGCAACGUAGAACAAAUUUGGGCGACUGUAAAACUCACUGACCGAAAUCUUCACAACUGUGUGGUGUACUUCCCGCCCGAUCGAACUCGCGAUACCGCCGUGAUCAAUGCACAUAAUCGAUCUGUCGCCUACGUAGCCGCCGAUGCCGAUCACUCCGAUGAAACCCUUGUUGUGGGUGAUUUCAACCUACCAGGAUUGAAAUGGUGUUCUUCAAACAGCGGUUUUAGGUAUCCUGAUCCUGCGGUAUCUACUUUUCACACAGGCGCAAUGAACAUACUCGAUUGCUACAACUCAGCAAAAUUACGACAAAUCAACGAAGUUUUGAACGAGAAUGGUCGGAUGCUUGAUCUGUGUUUUGUGAGUAUUGGCACAAAAAUACGAGCUACCUCAGCUCCUGUACCGUUGGUAAAUUCUGUUCCUCAUCACCCUCCGCUUCACUUGGUAUUAAACGGUAAUCCUACGACUGUUAAUAUGAACACCGUUUCUGAUGUUGUCUACAACUUCAGAAGAGCUGAUUUUGCUAGCAUGCUUGGUGUUUUAUACAGUCUCGACUGGGACGACAUCCUAGACAAUAACGAUGUUAAUGCGGCUACACUGACCCUCACCCAUGUGCUUGGGUACAUUAUUGACCGUCAUGUACCCAAAAAAGUUAUCAUUGCAUCCACUACGACUCCAUGGCAGACCGCAGAACUCCGUCGACUUCAGAGAGUAAAACGUGCCGCAUUGCGUCGAUUUUCAAAACAUCGCUCUCUUGCCUUACGAGACUACCUUGUUCGACUGAACCUGGAUUAUAAAAAACUGAGCAUGCGCUGUUUCAAUGCCCAUCAACAUCGCAUGCAGCGGAAAUUGAAAACGAAUCCAAAAGCCUUCUGGUCUUUUGUCAACGAGCAAAGAAAAGACCCUGGUUCACCUUCGACAAUGUUUUAUAACGGUGAAGUUGAAACUGAUUCAAAUGGCCUUUGUAGACUUUUCUCGGAAAAUUCAGCCGUACUUUCGUAG